UUAUGGCUGAGACACUUUUAUCGUUUGGAGUUCAGAAGCUUUGGGACCUCCUUGUCCGAGAAUCUGACCGAUUUCAAGGAGUUAAAGAGCAAUUUAAUGGAUUAAAAAGUGAUCUAAAUAUGUUAAGGUGCUUUUUGGAAGAUGCAGAUGCAAAGAAACAUACAAGUGCAAUGGUGAGAAACUCAGUGAAAGAGAUCAAGGAUAUUGUUUAUGACGCUGAAGAUAUAAUCGAAACCUUUCUUCUGAAGCAAGAACUAGGGAAAAAAAAUGGCAUGAUCAGGAACAGUUUGAGAAGGUUUUCUAAACGCAUGGGGCUUGCUUUUGAUAUUAAAGCCAUAAGCGAGAGGAUCUCCAAGGUGAUUCGGGAUAUGCAGAGUCUCGGUGUACAACAGGUCAUUGUCAAUGAAAGGUAUAUGCUUUCUUUACAAGAAAGACAAAGGGAAAUGCGACAAACAUUUUCUAGCGAUUAUGAAGAUCAUCUUGUGGGGGUGGAGAAGGGUGUUGAGCAAUUGAUUGGCUAUUUGGUAGAGGAAGAUAGGAGUCAAGUGGUUUCUAUAACUGGGAUGGGCGGUAUCGGUAAAACCACCCUCGCAAGACAAGUUUUUAAUCAUGAGACGGUAAAAAGUCACUUUGCAGGACUCGCGUGGGUAUGUGUUUCACAACAACUUACAAGGAAGUAUGUGUGGCAGACGAUCUUGCGAAAACUUGGGCCAGGAUAUAAGGUGUUAGAGAUGACAGAAGAGGAACUUCAAGAAAAACUCGUGCAAGUGUUGGAAACUCAAAACACUUUGAUUGUCCUGGAUGAUAUAUGGAGAGAAGAAGAUUGGGACUUAAUUAAACCAAUGUUUCCACGGAAAAAAGGUUGGAAGGUACUACUUACUUCCCGCAAUGAGGGUGUAGGAUUGCGAGCAGAUCCAAAAUGUUUCACCUCUAAACCAAAUUGUCUAACUCUCCAAGAAUGUUGGACAAUUUUUCGGAGGAUGGUGUUUCCUAGAGAAAACUCUACCGAAUAUAAUGUUGAUGGAGAAAUGGAAAAGAUGGGUAAGCAGAUGAUCAAACAUUGUGGAGGUCUACCGUUGGCUGUGAAAGUGUUAGGCGGGUUGUUGUCUGUGCAGUACACAUUGCGUGAGUGGAAAAGGGUAUAUGAGAAUAUUAAAUCUCAUAUCGUUGGAAGGACUAGCUUCAACGAUAGAAAUAUCAGUUCGGUUUAUCAUAUUUUGCAUCUGAGUUUUGAAGAGCUGCCUAUUUCGUUGAAGCAGUGCUUCCUCUACCUUGCCCAUUUUCCAGAAGAUUUUCCAAUAGAUGUUGGACAGUUGUCCUAUUAUUGGGCUGCAGAAGGAAUACCAAAACCGAGGUAUUACGAUGGAGCAACCAUUCGAGAGGUUGCAGAUGGAUUCAUUGGAGAAUUGGUCAAGAGAAACAUGGUUAUUUCUCAAAGAGACAUUAGUACUUCAAGAUUUGAAACUUGUCAGUUGCAUGACAUGAUGAGAGAAGUUUGUCUAAUAAAAGCUGAAGAAGAGAAUUUCGUACAGAUUGAUACAUGUACCUCAGUUGCAUUCUCUCAAUCUCCUUGUAAAUCUCGCAGACUAGUCAUACAUUCAUCUAAUCCCACAUUAGAUAUGGAUAGGUAUGUCAACAAUCCAAAACUUAGAUCUUUCAUGUUUAUCAAGCAGAGCUCAACGUUAGAUUGGAUAAAAUUAGGUCUAUGCUUAAAAAGGAUACAGUUGAUGAGGGUGUUAGAUCUUUCUAGAGCCGAGAUUAAGGGGGAGAAGUUACCAUCCACUAUUGGAGACCUCAUUCACUUGAGAUACUUGAGUUUAUACAAAGCUCGCGUAAGUCAUCUUCCGUCUUCUAUUCAAAAUCUCAAGUCACUGGUCUACUUGAAUCUAGAUGUAUCUUCAACAGUCUACAUGUCCACUAUUUUUAAGGAGCUACGACAAUUGAUAUACCUCGCUUUACCAAGUAAAAUAGAAGGUGAGGUAAAGUUGGAAUUAGGUAACCUAAUCAACUUGGAAAGACUUGGUAAUUUCUCAACAAAGCAUAGCAAAGUGACAGAUCUUCACGGUAUGACAAGGCUAAGGGGUCUCUCAAUCAUAUUUAACGGCGACGACUGCACUUUGGAAACUCUAUCUUUGUCUCUUCGUCAACUGAUACACCUCGAAAAUCUUACUAUUAUUUAAAGAUAUAAAUGUGUUUCUACUUGUAGUGAGAAAUAUUCUAAUUCGUCUUUAACUGUUAUUUUUCAUUGCCUUGUUGUUUGUUUUUCUUCUUACCAUGUAUUCGGCUUCUAUCACGGCUGUUUCAGUGUAGUGUUUUGUGUUCCUUUGAAUAAACAGACGUUGUUGUUUUUUUGUUA